GGCGCCCGGUCCGACGCUGCAGGGCGAGCGGUCGGGGCGAGGAUGCUGCGGCUGCUCCUGGUACUGCUGCCGCCGCCGCUGCCCGUCCUGCUGGGCCACUGAGCGCGGGCUGCAGGUCGAGACCGGGAGGCGGGGCAGGGCGGGGCGGCCGCGGAAGGAGUGACCGAGCAGCCGGACGACCAAGCAAGCGGCCGCGGGAGGAGGCGGCGCCGGAGGCUGCAACGCGUCCAAGCGCCUCAGGGAGGCGCGAGCGCAAGAACCGGCGGGCAGGCAGCGGGCUCCCCCUGCCGCCCGGACAGGCAAAAUUCAACAUGCUUCAAAUUCCUGUGCAAAAUCUUGAUAAUAUAAGGAAGGCUCGGAAGAAAGUAAAGGGUAUUCUAAAGGAUAUUGGGCUUGACAGCUGCCAGGAGUUACUUCAGACUCUGAAAAGUUUUGACCCAGGAGAAAAAUAUUUCUGCAACACUUCAUGGAGUGAUGUGUCUCUUUGGGAGUCUGUGACCAGAAGAAGGAGAUACAGAACAAAUCCGUACUGCUGUAGCCUCUGCAAAUUCUCAUCAAAAUUUCUUUCUUCUUUCAAAAACCACUUGAACCGUUACCAUGAAGAUGAAGUUGACCAAGAAUUAGUUGUUCCUUGCCCAGAAUGUGCAUUUGCUUCUCAUUCCAAAGUAGUGGGGAAACACCUUCGUAUAUUUCACUCUAAGAAAAAAAUUCAAAACUAUAAUGUGAGUGGUGGCAUGAGACAAUUCCGGAGUGAUGCAGUAAACUUCAUAUGCCAGAAAUGUCAGUUUACAGACACAUUAUACUAUAAUACGAAGAAACAUGUAUUGGUAACCCAUUUCCAAAGCCUAAUAAGCACAUACUUUGAGGAGAGGCCUGAUGAAAGUGAAGAGAAUUUUACUGAUCACUACUGUAAAAAGUGCAAUGCUUUUGCAAAUAGUCGGGAUUCUUUAAUAUACCAUGUCCUGACAUCUGAAGUACACAAAGACCUGGAGAAUAUAUUGAGACCUAUAAUUUCAGUGCAGCCUAAAAAAUCAGGACAAGCAAAGUCACAGCAUAUCGUCAGUAUUGCACCCAAGCCUUCCACAGUUGGAGCCACACCAUCGCUGAUACCUACCACUGCUUCAGUGGGUUCACCUUCUCCUACAUGUAUCCAACUUUCACUUCCAUCAGCGAAUCAGAAUCAGAAUGUGGUGCCAACAAAAGCAGUCCCAAACACAGUUGGACCAAGUGCCUCCAGUAGCCUGACACAUCCAUCAUCGUCAGCUUCAGUUGCCCAGUCAUGUCAUACACUACUGCCUAGCCAAGCAGGUCCGAACAAUGUGACUCUUCGGCCUGCAGUUCCUCAUCCAGUCUUUGUUUCUCAUCGACUUCCUGUGAAGCAGCCAGUGAGACCUGACAUUCUCUGCCUAAACCAGCCUCCUGGGAGCAUAAGUCGAACUGUUCCUCCAGGAGUCCUUUCAUUCACUCGGCCUGUCCGGCCUACCCUGCUUCCUGUUAAUCAAUCUGUUAGGGCCGUUGGCAGUCCAGUUUUGCCGGGGUCUCUCCCUGUAACUCAGCCUGCUGGUUCUCUGAACAGACCCAUUGCGGCUAGCUCUGUUCCUGUAAACAGGCCUUCUUCACCUGGCGUCCUUGCUGUAAACCGACCUGUUGGUAGCUUGAACCAGCCCAGUGGUCCUGGGGUCCUUCCAGUCACCCAGGCGAUCCCACCAGGGGUUCUUCAGUUUAAUCAUCCUGUUGCACCUGGAGUUCUUCCUGUAAACCAGUCAGUUGGACCUGGGAUUCUCCAGUUCAAUCAGCCUGUUGCACCAGGAGUACUUCCUGUAAACCCGUCUGUCAGACCUGGAGUUUCUCAGAAUGCUACUUUACUGACUGCAGGACCUAUCCUUCGACAGUUAAUUCCAACUGGCAGACAAGUUAAUGGGAUACCUACGUAUACCCUUGCCCCAGUUUCAGUAGCUUUGCCUGUGCCAGGGGGUGGAGGGGUGACAACAGCUCCACCUCCUCAGAUGCCUGUUCAGCUGAUGCAAUCUAGUACAGUUACUCAGCAGUCUCAGGCUCCAGCUACUGUGCCUUCCUCUGCAGUAGUAACUUCUUCCACGAAUACCCUUGCCAAGACUUCUGUCUCUGCCUCUGCAAUGAGCCUAGCCCUUAAACAGGCCAAGCAGUGGAAGACUUGCCCUGUUUGCAGUGAGCUUUUCCCAUCAAACGUCUAUCAGGUGCACAUGCAAGUGGCUCACAAAUGCAGUUCAGGGAAGACGGGCAAGCUUGAUACAGACAAAGUUGCAGCCUGUGCACCUUUUCUGAGAUGGCUAAAAGAUAAGACAGUCAGGUGUUUUUCUUGUAAAUGUUUUCUCUCUCAGGCAGAGCUUAUAAAACAUAUUUUCAUACAUGGAUUAGCUUGCCUGUUUUGCACCAGUACUUUUCACGACCUAAAAUGCCUUGUGGAUCAUACUAAAACUGUACAUAAGGGGAAGAAGAAACUACAUGCAGAUUAUGAUGACAAAGGUUUUCAACUUGAGAGCGAUUCGGAAGGUGACCUGGUGUUUCCUCACUUUGACUUCAACAUAACUGUAAAAGAAGAACUUUGUGAAAAAGAAGUACACCUAGCAUUACUUGCUGGGGUAAAUUCAAGGACACUUAUUCCUCUGUACAUGAAGCUGCAACAUGAGACUGCUGAUAUGAAUAAUGGCAAUAAGAAAGUAUCAACUUGCCCUUUUUGUUACGGUGUUUUCACUAGCCUAGAAGCCUACGAGUUCCAUUUGAAGGACAGGCACCAUAUCAUGCCAACUGUGCACACCAUUUUAAAGACCCCAGCUUUCAAAUGUAUCCACUGCUGUGGUGUAUAUACUGGCAACAUGACUCUGACUGCUAUUGCUGUGCAUCUGCUUCGCUGCCGGAGCGCUCCCAAAGACAGCACCCCAGCUGUGAAGAUGGAGCUUGAACUCGACGAGAAGAAAGAUCUGGCACUUGUGAAUGGUGAAAAUCAUGAUGAUCCUUCUCUCUCAACAAAGAGGAAACUAUCUGAUCACCUUUGUUCUGUUGCAGAGGACCAAAUGAAUGAUGACCAGCCAUUCCUGAUUAUAGACAGUGGCACAGCCCAAGUUCCAGCUAAGGAAAUGACUUUUGUGCCUUCCAAGAGACAAAAGACUGAUCAUAAGUCUGAAACUAAGGGCCAGCCCUCCGUUGAGAAUCUUCACAUUUUAGCAUUGAAUCCAAAGCCAUUCCAACAGUGCUCAAAUGAAGUUCAGAAACUGUUUCUUAUAGAUUAUUUUCACAAGAAGCCGUAUCCCUCUAAAAAGGAGUUAGAGUUACUGUCAUCCAGUCUGUGUGCUUGGAAAGUUGACAUUGCAUCAUUCUUUGGGAGAAAGAGACACACCUGCCUAAGGGCAAUAAAAAAUCUUAAGCCUUCUGUGCUUUUGGGAUUCAAUAUGUCUGAACUUAAAAAUGUGAAGCACAGUUUGAAUUUAAAAUGUGAAUCAGAAGAUGUGUAAUUUUUUUAAAAAAAACAACUCAUAAGGCAAUCAAGAUUGCAUAUUCAGGCAUCUGAUAUGGAUGCUUUAGUUCAGAUUCCUGCAUUGCAGGGGGUUGGACUCGACCCUCGGCGUCCUUCCAACUCGAUGAUUCUUUGAAUUGUCUCACUGAUUUAGUUUCUUGUGAUUAUUAAAAGAUUAGUACGCAGUGCCUCUUUCAUUUGGGCUGUGUGUUCUUUGUGGCAGUAGGGUACAGUAUAGUAUACCUGAGGCUCUGGGCUUUUGUUUUGUUCUUUUUUGCUGUUCAUGGGGUAGUUUUCUCUGCCUAUGGUUUUUAUACAAUUGUGUAACAAUUUUCCUGCCUUUUUUUUUAAAGUACAAAUUGUUUCUAAAAGUGUAUAUGUUUGAUAAAAUAAUAAAACUAUUAGGAGGGCCAUAAUUUAAAAAAACCACCUCCCCUGUCUUUAAAAUUAAUAUGGUUAACUUGUAACCUAAUCUUCAGAUUGCUCUCCAAAUUAACAACAGAUUUACCAGUGACAGCUAUAACAAAUGCAGAAACUUUGAUUAAUUGAAAAGUAGCAGUUGCUGUCUUUAGUUAUGAAACAUGUAAGCCAAGGAUUUGCAAGCACUGUUUUCUAAACUAUUUGUUUUACAAUAAGAAACUAUGAAGGCUUACAUAAAAAAUGGCAACUUUUCUCCCCUGAAGUUAAAACUUUGGUUUAAUAAUCCUUGAUUUGCAUUUUGGAAUAAAUAAAGAGAGAGGAGCUGUCCAUUUGAUAUUGAGCUAUAAUGACAACCUAGGGAUCUUUUCAUAUGGCUCUAUUGCUUGCUGGGAGCUCUGAUGACAUAGCAUAUUGUUCCAGGCAGCACUUGGCUAUGUACACUUUAUGAAGGCUUUUCACUGGCUGCUCUGCUCUAUGUUAGCAAAUAAUCCCAAGCCACUUUUGUUUGGGGCAAGGGAUCAAAGACUUAAGCAACACUAGCCUAGUGCAGGCCCUGAGUUUAUUCAAGUUUCUCACUGCAUUUGAAUCAAUGUUUAUUGAAAGCUCUUGCUAUCAUUACAGUAGCUGAAUUAUUUCCUGCGUCACCCAGAUGACAACCUUGUCUAAAGUUAGGCAAGAGAUUGAACAUGCAGAGUACUCAUUAAAAACAAAUAGGCCUGAGAACAGAGGCAGGUUUUAUUGCUUCUCUUGUCUCUUACUUUUCAGCAAUGUAUGUUCUGAUAUCUCUACAGAAUACUAUUGUUUUAACCACCAACAUUUAACAUUCUGUUCAACUUGACUAGGACACCUUAUUACUUUAGCAUCAAGAAAAGAAAAUGAUAUAUUUGGUGUGCUGACUUGACAUUGUUUUCUAGUUACUAACGUGUCUUUUAUGGCAAGAGAAUUUUUGUUAAGGUGAAACUGCAUGUAAAUAACUGUGCAAUUUAAGCAGUUGCAUUAUAGGCUGUUCAGUUUCUAUAAAUGUCAGAAAAUUGUUCAGA